GGCCUUGCUUUGCCUUCACAAUAUUUGCCUUUACUUGACUUGUGUCAUUAUUUCACACACCCGAUCCCUGUGAAGGUUGAUGGACAUUUUCCAUAGGCUACUGCUUUUCUUUUUUUUCUUUUUCAAAACUAAAAACCAACACAGAUGCGUGUCGUCGGUGGGUUUUUUUCCUAAAGGAAAUUAGGCUAAAUUGCCUACCUGCCUACUUGCCUGCCUGCCAGCCAGCCAUCAAGCCUGCAAUGUUGACGAGUAGACGCUUCGGGGAGCUACAUCUUGGAAAAUGAGUGCUCCCAUGAUAGAAGAGAGUCUCCCUACAAAGACUACAGAUGAGACUUCCUCUGUUAUAGCCCCCGAAAAGAGGAAAGAAGAACUUGGAGUAACUGAAAGUUAUAUUUCGCCAGCUUAUGCAAGGAAGAACCCCUCGACUGGAAGGUUUCGUGUAAGGUCUUCCAGAAGGAGACAUUUGUGCAACAUUUGUGAACAGAAUCAGAAGGAUCUUGUGUGCGUCCCGUGUCAACAUAUUUUCUGCAGGCAGUGCAUUCUCAAACACCUGGAAAAGCCGAAUGCAACUGGAGAGUACACCUGUCCUACCUGCAGACGCAGAUAUUCAACACGCCCAGCAUUGCAACCAUGCUCACAUCAGCACCUAUUCACAGAGGGUGCCAGUCCAGUAGAGUUGAGCACACCCCACAUAUUUCUUCAAGGACAGUUGAAGCGACAGAAACAUUUAGAAGAUACUAGUACCACAUCUCACAGCAACGAACAGAGUGGAGAGAGUGUUUCUGGGCCGGAGAAAAGUCGUCAUUCCGGGUCAGAACUGACGGGCAUUGUAAGAACUGUGGAGGAAGACGGGUUCCUGAAGUUUCACAAAGCCAGUCUGAAGAGGAUGAUUGAGCAGUGUGGUGAAAGCAUGUCAAAAGCUGCAAGUCACACCAAUCACUGGAUCAUCAGAAAAGAUGCUAGAGAAUAUAUAACCUGGCCUGAGUUCACUUCAGUCUCCUGCAAUGACCUCUUCAAAGCACAUGAUUUCAGAACACUAAUCAGAACAGUAAUCAGAACAGUAAUGACCCAUGGUGUAGCUGGCAUUGGAAAAACAUACUCUGUGCACAAGUUCAUUCUUGACUGGGCUGAUGGAAAAGAAAAUGAGGAUGUAGAUUUUGUAUUCAUGUUUCCAUUUUGGAAACUGAAUCUAGUCAAGGACUUCUCCUGUAGUCUGCACCAGCUGUUGCUUAAUUUCCACCCAGAGUUUGGCAAUAUAGCAGAUUUGAAGAGAUUUGAUGACUCCAAAAUUGUUGUGAUCUUUGAUGGUCUGGAUGAAAGCCAACUUCAUUUGGAUUUCCAAAACAACCAAAUGCUAUGUGACGUAUCAGAAAUAUCGUCUAUCGACACAAUAAUAACAAAUGUUAUCACAGGCAGUUUGCUUCCUUUUGCAAAAGUGUGGAUAACAUCAUGUGGAUCAUCGACUAACCAAAUUCCCUCUUGGUAUAUUAAUCGAGAGACAGAAAUUCUUCCCCUCUCUGACUCGCAAAUGGAGGAGUGCGUCAAAGAGAUUCUAAAUGAUAUCACUGGUACAAGUAGCAUCUUGCAUCAAAUCAAGUUGUCAAAAAGCCUCCAUGCCAUAUGCCACAUCCCAGCUUUGUGUUCAAUUGCAGUCAGUGUUUUUAAGAAUAUGCUUGAACAGGGUGAAAGCAGGAUGAUACAAACCUGCACUGAACUGUACUCACAUUUUCUUCGUAGUCAGAUGAAGACAGAUGCUGAGGCCAAGAGUAGUUCUGUGCAUAUUGAGGGUGAGAAAAUGGUCGAUGGGAAGCCCCAAAGAUCAAGAAGGGAAAUGAUUUUGAGAUUUUCAGAACUAGCUUUGAGACAGUUAAUGGAAAACAGUUUCACAUUUUCUGAACAGGAUUUGAGAUACUGUGAAAUUGAUAUGGCAGAGACUGAUUCAAUUUUGGGGGUUUUAUUCAGACAGAGAUCAUUUCAGACAGAGAUCAAUCCAGGCAAGUCUGAGUUCUUUCAGGAGAAUGUUUUCUGCUUUAAGCAUAGGGGCAUUCAGGAGUUUCUGGCUGCUUUCUUUGUGUUUUAUGCCUACAACAACAAAAACAUGGACGUCCUAAAGCAUGUGUUGGAGGGCAAUUUCAGAAUACAGGCUGAAGAUGUUUCCCUGGAUACCCUGCUGAGAAGUGCUGUGGAUAACAUGUUGGAGAGGAAGAGUGGACACCAAUACUUUCUGCGUUUCCUCCUCGGAAUAUCUCUUGAGUCCAAUCAGAUCCUUUUGCAAAGUCUACUGACAGAUUCUUGUGACAGAUCAGGGACAACUGAAAGCAUACUGAAAUACAUAAAAGAUUUGGGUAAACAGGCAGAUGUCUCUAUGGACAGAUGCAUUGAUCUUCUCCACUGUCAGAUUGAAAUGCAAGACCCCAGUGUGAUUGAAGACAUUGAGAGCCUCCUGAGAUCACAGAGAGAAUUUUCACUCUCUCAUUGGUCAGAGAUUAGCACCUUAAUUCAGAUGUCAGGAGGUAUUCUGGGUGAAUUUAGCCUCCAGAAGUGUCACCACUCAGAACACCAGUCAGUACUGAGCAUGUUCGUGAACUGCUGUAGAAAGGCCCAACUAUCAAACUGUGGCCUCUAUGAUGAUUCCUGUGUAAUGGUGGCCUCAGCUCUCCAGCAGCCACACAGUGCUCUGAGAGAGCUGGACAUGAGUAGAAAUCGCCUGCAGGACUCAAGGGUGAAACAGCUGUGCUCUGGACUCAAAAGUCCAAACUGUAAGCUAGAAAUACUAAGGAUAUCAAACUGUGGCCUCUCUGAUGAUUCCUGUGUAAUGGUGGCCUCAGCUCUCCAGCAGCCACACAGUGCUCUGAGAGAGCUGGACAUGAGUAGAAAUCGCCUGCGGAACUCUGGGGCCGAGUUGGGCUCUGCACUCAAAAGUCCAAACUGUAGACUAGAAAUACUAAGGAUAUCAAACUGUGACCUCUCUGUGGAUUCCUGUGUAAUGGUGGCCUCAGCUCUCCAGCAGCCACACAGUGCUCUGAGAGAGCUGGACAUGAGUGGAAAUGACCUGCGGGACUCUGGGGUUGAACAGCUGUGCUCUGGACUCCAAAGUCUAAACUGUAAGCUAGAAAUACUAAGACUAUCAAACUGUCGCCUCUCUGAUGAUUCCUGUGUAAUGGUGGCCUCGGCUCUCCAGCAGCCACACAGUGCUCUGAGAGAGCUGGACAUGAGUGGAAAUGACCUGGGGGACUCUGGGGUGAAACAGCUGUGCUCUGGACUGAAAAGUCCAAACUGUAAACUAGAAAUACUAAGGCUCUCCGGAUGUCAUAUCACAAACACAAGCUGUUGGACUUUGAACUCAGCUCUGGGUUCUGACCUCCUCUGUCUGAGAGAGCUGGAUGUGAGCCUAAAUGAUCUGGAGGAGUCAGGAGUGAAGCUGCUUACAGAGAGACUGGAAGAUCCAAAGUGUAAACUGGAGGCUCUCAAGACAGAACGCAGUCUGGCCCCACCUCUAUCAGGGAGCCUAUUGAGCAGUCCCUCUCACUUCCCUACGCUUGGAGAGUCUUCAGCCUAUUAUGACUUACCUUUUCAACCCAUUAUGGAUUCAUCCUGGACAGAAGCCAGUCUACCAGGACCCGAGAGUUACUCUGGGUCCUCAGCCUGCAAUCAGAUACCGGUAUUUAUGGAUGGAUUUAUGUAUUCAUCCAGUGACCUCUUUGGAGCACUGUCCAUUGAUUCCAAAGAUGAUGAUGAUGAUGAUGAUGAAAGUGACGCAGAGAGCAGUGGGGCCCCUGGUCCCUCAGGCAUCAUGCUACCACAGACAUCCAUUCCACCGCAGCCACCAAGACAUUUUCUUGGACAGCCUCCGAGUGAAGGUAAAAGGGAAGAUGAUUUUAAAGCUGAAGGUGGAGAAUGCAAAGGCAAUGUAGAGGUCUUCACACCAGAGACCUCUGCUUCUUUGGAGAGGACCACAUACAGGUUCAGCUGUAGCUCCGAAGGUGUGUACCAGUGUUGUUACACAGGACUGAUAUUCAAAACAGCCACAGCAGCUGAGGUGCAGUACCACACAGCUCCCUGGGACUACAAGAAGCUGGAACAAGAAGGUUUAGUGGCAGCGGGACCUCUGUUCAAGAUGAAAGGUCUUCAGGGGACAGUCAGACAGCUGGGGUUUCCACACUGCCACAUCAUUUCCAGUGAUGAGACUUCAUCACUAGCCAUAAUACAUGUGACUGACUCAAAGUUUGAGAUACUCCAGCCUCUGAGAAUUUCAGACACCCAUGUGUUUUUAAACAUCACUGGAUUCUGCAAGUUUGGACUUGCCCAGGAAAGAAGCAAAAAGGAAGAAAAAGCUCUGGUCAUACUCUUUCUUAACAAAAACACAAGUCAACUGAAGGUUUUAUUGAUGCCAAAAAAUGUUGAUCUCUUUGAGAUAUGUCACAAGAGGAGAACAUUGCCAGAAACGAGAACAGAGAUUUACAUUGAUAACCCACCAGCUUGUAAUCUUAUCCCAGAUGAGGAAUAUAGUCUUACCUGCAACCCGAAGGGUCACAUAGUCGUUCCACAGAAGGGUACAUUUGAUGACAGCCAUCAACACUACUGUCCAACAUUUCAGGUGGUCUUACCCAAAAUGGAACCCAUUCAUCUGCAUCUACGUAAUACUGGUGAUGAUUGUGUUUGGUAUACUUAUAUAAACCUACCAGCUUACCAGAGGAGUGAGACAUCAGUAGGUCUGGAUACCAUGCUGUCAAGUCCCUACACCCCGCCAGGUCAGGACUUCUUCCACAGACACAAAGCAGCGCUGGAGACUCGUCUCGGGCUCCUGGCGCCCAUCCUCACUGAUCUGGAGAGUUGUGGAGUUCUGAACUCUCUGGAGAGAGACGUGGUGACGAGCAAGGCCUCAAAAGCCGAACAGAACCACACUCUGUUAGUCAUGAUUGAAAAUAAAGGAGGUCACGCCCAGGAGGAGUUCUACAGGAUUCUUAAGCAAUGGGAUAAGUACCUGGUGAAAAACCUUGAGAGACCUCAUGACUAUAUGACAUCUUCCUAUAGUCCGCAAUGCAGGAUAUCCUAAAUUAUUUUAGAGAGAAAUAAACAAGAAACACUGAUGUCAGAGGAAAAUGUUACAGUCUUGACUCACAGAUCAGUGGUCAGAAGGCUUAGAUAGACAUAAACUGAGAUCAAUCACAUCUAGGAGAAAUGGGUUACACAAAACAUUUUGACUUUGACUUUCUUCAAGGCUGGCCCUCAAACAGACUAAUCCUUUAUUAAAUGAGAUGGUGAAAUCACAGAUCAGAUAACACAAUCUCAAAGAACCCACCCCCCCCCCCCCCGAUGCAAAAAAAAUGGGUACAGAUCAUGAAAUCUAGACUAUUUAACAGACUGCACACGACAUAAGGCUUGUAGCACCGCAUUAUGUAAUAACACCGCAUUAUGUAAUAAUGUAAUAAAUGUGCACGCCAUUAUGUAAUAAUUGCCGCAUUCUGUAAUAAUCUGCCGCAUUAUGUAAUAAACUUCUUGAACGCAAUAUGUAAUACAUUUUGCUGCAUUAUGUAAUAAGUUAUUACAUAUUGCGGUUGUUACUACAUAAUGCGGGUGUUGCGUUUUUUUUUUUUUUGCCAAAUGUAACAAUUGGUGCAUUAUGUAAUAACCAACCGAAAUUGACAUUUUCAUUGAAUAAAAACAGCUUAAUAAUGUG